AUGAGACGCCGUACGUUCCUCGCCUCCCUCAGCGUGCUGUACAACUGUGUCUCAGUAGAGGCCAGUCUCACCAUCCUCUUCCAGAAUGACGGCAACUGGACAACGCACGCUGAAAAGCCAGGCGCUCUCUUCAUCAGCGAUGCUUUGCCCUACCAAGAUGCGCAAGCCACCUGUGCGCAGUACAACGAAACGCUCCUCAGUUGCAAGAGCUAUGACGACUUCCACUACUCAUUCACAUACCAGCAGUAUCUGAAAAACAUCGACUCGGAUCAGCUUUUCUGGUCGUCCUGCAGCUCAGAUCAUCCGACAACCUGGGAGGGAGAGCUUGCUAAUACCUCAUCAUCUGCUGCUCUUCCGUUCCUGUGCUCCAAUUCAGCCGAGUUUGUCAAAGAAGUGGAUACCGACUAUUUCGUCUUCCCCCGAGUCAACACCAGUGCAAAUGGCGUGACGUUCGAGGGUUUACGCGACCAUAUGGCAUUCAGGUUCCUAGGCAUCCCCUUCGCUCAGCCCCCCGUGGAAGACCUACGCUUCAAAUAUGCCCAGCAAUGGACCGAAGAACCUUAUGUCAACGCCACCAAAUAUGGACCUGCAUGCAUUCAGUCUGGCUGGUAUGACGGGAAUAGCUACGGCCUGAAUCCCUGGGGUAACAGCGAGGAUUGCUUACAUCUGAAUGUCUUCACCCCGUCCAUCCCAUCUUCAAGCGACAACUCACCCAGACCUGUCAUGCUCUGGAUCCACGGUGGCGGCGAGACCGAAGGCACCGGUGCCGAUUCCACCUUCGACGGUGACAGUUUCGUUAGCCGCAACGACGUCGUGCUCGUUACCAUCAACUACAGACUGAACAUCUUCGGCUAUCUGAGUCUCGACGACGCCGCUGUCCCCGGCAACUUUGACCUCACCGACAAGAUCGAAGCCCUUAAAUGGGUCCAGAAAUACAUCCGAGCUUUUGGCGGUGACCCCAACAGCGUCACCAUCUUCGGCCAGUCUGCCGGCGCCUCAUCAGUCAUUGAUCUCCUCACCACCCCCAAAGCCAGUGGGCUCUUCCACAACGCCAUUGCGCAGUCCAUCGCAGGCCACGUCGAAACCGCCAAUGCCUCCGCUACUGCCAUCCUACCCUACAUCCAGCCACUCUGCAACAGCACCGGAACCGAGCGUUUGGAAUGCCUCCAGACCCUCCCCGCCUCGACCCUCCUAAACAUCAGCUCUGGAGUAACAUGGGACACGGUAAUUGACGGCCAUUACAUCCUCGACUACCCCGUUCCCCAGAUCGCAAAGGGAGCCCUCAACCGCGUGAACUUCCUAACGGGCUUCAUGCCUGAAGAGGCGCAAUCAAUCCUCCAAGACUCCAUCUCCCCCAACGCCACCAACUUCAACACUACCCUCCAAACCCUCGUCACAAGCGCAUCCAUCACCGAAACCCAAGCACAAGCCGUCCUCUCUUCCGGCCUCUGGACUAACUACUCCAGUCCCUACAACGCCACCAUUCACGUCGACUCCCCCGCCGGGAUGACCUGUUAUUCCAAGGAAUUCGCCGAAGUCGGCGCCGCCUCACACUCCUAUGAGAGUCUAUACGUCUACCUCCACCAGCGCGCCUACGGACUCAACUACUACGAUUGGUAUGAUCUGUGCACUUACCCCGUCGGCAAGCCAGAGACGCCCUACUAUCGCUGCCACUCGGGCGACCUCUAUGAGGUCUUCGGCACGUACUAUCUCUUUGAUCUGCCCGUCCGUUCUCAGGAGGACAUCUAUUAUACGAAUAUGGUGCAGGACAUGUGGGCUUCAUUUGCUCGGACGGGCAAUCCGAACGUCGAUAAGGAUUAUCUUCGUGCGAGGGGAUAUCACAGUACGCUGCAGUUGACGACUAGGUGGAAUUGGACGCAGUAUGAGCCGGAUAGCGCCAAGGUGGCGAAUCUGCAGUAUCCGAUGCCGUUUUAUUCGACGCUGCCGUAUCUGGAGGAAUGUGCUGUUCUGGGUUUGGAGCAUAGUAAUUGAGAGGUGGAAAGGUACUUUGAUAUUUUGAUUUGGGGUUGUGCGUGUCUUUCGCUGUCGAAUUGGUCCGUGAAGGGCAAAUUUAUCCCUGAUACCGGGAUGUAGUCAUGAGUUAUGUACCUACUAC